GUACGACAUACUGUUAACGUAUGAUAGCGCGAGCGUGAAGUAUCACUGUUGGAGCAUUGCGAAAUUUUCGUAAAAAUGAGCAUCGUUGAGUGGCAUCUCUUAGUUAACCAUCAAGCGUACAAGUAGAAGAUUCUUAAGAUUUACGUGAUUGAUUUCUGAUAAUUCGGUGCCUACAAAUCAAUGACUUUUAAGAUGAAUUAUAGUUGCACACGCAAACACGAGCAGUUUUCACCGCAAAGGUUACUUUUAUGUAAUGUUGUACGCGCGAAAGUAUUCAUUUCUGUUACCACGCUAUUGCUGUUUUGUAAAUUUUAGUAGCACAACUAUCGGUAAUGUGCGAUAAAACAUGCCAUAUAAUAGAUAAUUGUAAGUGAAAUGACAAGGCGAUGGUAUAAAUAGAUACUUCGACGAAAGUUGGUACAAGUAUAUCUACGAUUCUCAGGAGUGGUGAGGUAAGUAGGAACGAAAUAUACAAUAAGAAUUGAAUUUAUAUAGAGUAUUUUGUUAUAAAUCUUCCUAUGUACCUAUAGAAACGUGUUUAAUAUUUUCGAGUAUCCAGAUUUUUCUAUUAAAAGUUAUCUGAAAUUAAUGAUUUUCCUGAUUUGUACCUUUCUCCUAAGUUUCUUGUAGUCGUCUUACUAACUCAACAGAAAUCAACGUUAAUUUUACAAAAAGAGCUAUGGAGCUUUUUAGCGAUUUGCACAAAUGAAAAUUUUGAAGCUUGUCACUGCGACGAGUUUGAUCGUUCUAGUGUUAUACUAAACAAUCUUCAAACAUGAAAUUACACAGAAACGUAUGUCGAUGAUAUUUGUCAUUCCUACGAUCUAUUUCACAUGAUCGUGCUUCCUGUCUAAUGCAAAUUCAAUUUAUAAUACGAACUCGGUUUCCUUUAUUGUUGUCAGUCUUUCUAAAUCGCCACAGUUUUUCGCUCUUUGUUGCAAAACGUUGAAUCAUAGUGUGAACCAAGUUUCUUUUAUUAGAUUCAUUCAUUGUUAUCAGUCCUGCGUCUUUUCGAUUCGUCACUUUUUUAUUUUAGGACGAUGAUUGGCUUCAAUAUACUGUUCGCAUGUUUGGCGUUAAUUGUCCUGCAUCCAUCGGUUCAAGCGGGGCGCACUAAAGCAACCUCGGAUGUGCCCUUGCGUCCACCACACUGUGGUUUCAGCAACGUAACGCAUACCAGGGUGGUUGGUGGUAGACCAGCUAAACUUGGUGCUUGGCCAUGGAUGGUUGCAUUAGGUUAUCCUAAUUACACACACCCAGAUGCGGGACCAGUAUGGGAUUGCGGAGGUUCCCUCAUAUCGGCUAGACAUGUUUUGACCGCAGGGCAUUGUGCAGAUGACGAAGAUUUGUACGUGGUUCGUAUCGCGGAUUUAAAUCUAAAACGAGAUGAUGACGGAGCGCAUCCUAUUGAAAUGGGGCUCGAAUCUAUACUAAUUCAUCCUGAUUAUAUUACCGGGCAACCCUUCCAUGAUAUCGCUAUUCUUAAAUUGGAGAGAGAUGUACCAUUUUCGGAGUACAUACAUCCCAUUUGUCUCCCCAUAGAGGCAUCCCUUGAAAAUAACAAAUUCGAGGGCUAUAAUCCCUUCGUUGCUGGUUGGGGAGCAUUAAACUUUAGUGAAUCAUAUACUAACGCAUUAAUGGAACUGCAACUGCCAGUGGUUACCAACGCCGUAUGCGAGAAAGCUUAUGAGGAUUUUGACAUAACUAUCACCUAUAAAGAAAUAUGCACCGGCGGAGACCCUCGAGGUGGAAAGGAUGCUUGUGGAGCUGACAGCGGAGGACCACUGAUGAUACCACAGCAAUUCACCUACUAUCAAAUAGGUGUUGUGUCAUCUGGUCAUGAAUGCGGCGUACCUGGUUAUCCGGGCAUUUACACGAGAGUCACGUCGUACCUCGACGACUUCAUUAUCCCAGUGUUGCAAAAUUAUUAGUAUCCCAUAAAUAUCAUUUUUCGUGCACGAAAAAUAAAGUUGGAAUGUAUUAUUGUGGAGAUAAGAGGCAGCUCAGAUUUAUAUUGUCUUUUACGUCAAGAAUUAUAGU